GUAAACAUGACACAUUGGUUAAGUCAUUUAGUAAACAUGACAUGUUAAAAUACAUCUACAUAUAGUUCUCAAGUCUUGACCUUUUCUUUUUCUGUCAAAGUCUCAUGUCUUGAUCUUCAUAGCUAACUAGCUAAGAGUUAACUAUGGGAGUUCGAACAACUUCUAUUUUAUUUUUGUCGAUGAUGAUGGUCAUCUCAUCUUGUCAAGAAAAUAGCAGGCCACAAUAAAGAUUGGUCCUAAGAGAUCAAAUCAAAAGAAACUCAAGAUUUAUCUUGAGUUUCUUUUGGUUUGAACCUAUUAAGACCGAUCUUAAUUUGAGCCGUGCUAUUUUCUUGAGUUGGGAUUAUUCCUACUUAACCUGAUUUUUUGGAACUCUUUUGACCUGAAUGUCAAGGUCAAAAAGGUCAACUAGAGAAUAACUUACAGAAACUGUCUUUUGUUUAGUGUUUGUGAGCGUCUUGUACACACUCUUAUCUUAUACUAUAUGUUUAGUGUUUGUGAGCGUCUUGUAUACACUCUUAUGUUAUCUUAUAUAUGUGCAGGAGGAAGGUUAGUUCUGUUACUUCUGUACUCUUUUUAUUCAACCACUAAUAAAUAAUUUUACGAAUACAAUCAUUGUUGUGAUUUGUGAAUCGAAAUCCAAAUAUAAGAUGUGUUGUUUAGUCCUUUCUUCUAAUUCCAAUGAAUAUUUUUUCUAAUGAAUUUUCCAAGAUACACUAACUCAGUGCUCUGGUUCUCCUAUAUCCCCAUUAAAUUCCAGUGUCUGAAUUAAAUGUUUGAGAAAGAAGAAGAAAUUGGGUCAUAAUGUCAAUGAAUGACAAAAACGAUUGUUACACUAGUUGAUUAAUGGGCUAUAAAGACGAGGCCAGAAAACCCCAUAUUAACCGACGUGUUUCCGUACCAAAAAAUCAUAUAAAAUUGUUUUGGUUUAUUACAAUGUUUUUAGAGAUUUCUUCCGCCUCUCUCAAUAUUGCCAUGGACAAGAACCAAAACCCUUAUUCCUGGUCGGAGCUUCCUCUAGAUCUCUUGAACUUAGUUUUCGAACGCCUCAGGUUUGCUGAUUUCCAACGAGCUAAAUCCGUGUGCUCCUCUUGGUUCUCUGUUUCCACGACCGUGACAAAAAAUCAGAUCCCUUUGCUGAUUCUCUUUCCCGAAGACGACAACAACAGUUCAUGCACGUUGUUCAAUCCCGAGGAAAAAGACAGACUCUACAAAACGCAAGACCUUGGUGUGGGAUUUGCAAAGAGUGUUUGUAGGGCAACCUAUGGAAGUUGGCUUCUUAUGCAAGAUUCAAAGUAUAAUCUAUACAUUUUGAAUCUAUUCACCCGCGAGAGGAUCGAGCUGCCGUCUGUGGAGUCACAACUUGGCAUGGUAAAGGUUGAAAGAAUUAUUGAUGAUGGUUUUCACAUUAUUCAAGACGAAAGGAAGUCCGAAGAUAUGAGUAUAAGAUCCCCUGUGUUUUGUAUUGACGAGGAAUCCAAAGAUUAUCUAGUUCUGUGGGGACUUGGAGGUUGUUGUGUGGUUUAUGCCAAGAAAGGAGAUACCUCGUGGAAUCAAAAUCUCAAUAUUUCGGAUUGUUGUGACAUGGUUUACAAAGAUCACACGCUUUACUUCUUAGGCAAUGCUGGUACUUUCCAAAUCUUAUAUUUUCCUAGAGAGAGGGACAACAAAACUUUCAAGCAGUUACACUUUUGUAUAGAUAGAUAUACUACACCUUUUCGUCCUUUUCGUCGUCGUAAAGUAAGAAAUCCAUGGUGGGUUGCUAAGCCAAAACUUGUAGUCACAGUAACAGGAAAAGUCCUAGAGGUUAAAAGAACGUGGAUACCGGAGUCUAGAACCUGGUCCUUUGGGGUUUUAAAGAUUUCUUCAUCAGGGUUGUUAAAGAAAUAUAAAAAAGUUGAUUGUUUGGGUGACGAGGCAAUGCUUUUGGAUCUAGGCAUCACUGUGCCCGCCAAUGAGAAUGAUCAGGGGUUCUAUAGAAAUUCCAUCUACUUCAGUGGUAGUCAUUAUAAGAACACAAGUGAUAUAUUUCUCUUCAAUCUCGAGACACAGAAGAUGGAGCUACUGCACAAAUUUGAUUGUUCGUCCCUUCAACUCUCUAGAGCUCGAUGGUUCUUACCAAGUUUCACUCACACAUAAUUGAUCUUAAGUAUGUUGUUUCUUUUUCUUUUUAUUUGGUUUUAGUACUCAAUAUGCUUUUUUACACUAUUAAUAAUCAUGACGUGCUAGUUUUUAAGCUAAAAGUGAGUAUACACAAAGGAUAAAAAUACAAAUCAAACUAUCAAAUGGGUACUCAAAAUGAUAUGUUUAAGUGAGCUUGUCUUGUGGAAUCUAUCUAGUAUUUGUUGGGGGUGAAAAUAAGCUCUUUUGAAAGUUAACUGUUUCGUUAUUAGGGGUUGAAAAUAAGCUCUUUUGAAAGUUAACUUUCUCCUAUACAUAGCAACACAAAGAUCAACAUAGCAUGUAAAGGGUCACUACAAGCCGACAACAUUGUGCAGCAAACCUCUCACAACCUUGCGUGAUCGAGGCUUGACUUGCUGGAGCUUCUGAAGAGGUCACCCUAAUUGAAACUAGUUCCAUUACAUGAUGCAGUAGCCUCACAAUUUGGAUUUCUCUCUCAAGAUCCAAUGCCUCACGCAAUAGUCUAACUAUGGCCCAACGGCCAUUUUAUUCCUGCAAAGACAAAAAAAAUAUUUAGU